AUUUCUUUCUCCCGUUCCCCUCUCUCUCUCUCUCUCUCUCUCUCUCUCUCUCUCGCGUCUCGUGGUUUGCUUUCCUGGCGACGAGGACCAGGCGAGCAGCGGCGCCCUUCUCCACCUCUUCCCCGGGCCAUUCGCCGGCGACGAGCACCAACCAGAUUUCUGCGUAAAUUUUUCACGAGCUUCAUUCACUUUUCAUCAGUUGGAAGUUAAGAAACUUCAAGCAUGAGCUCUGGCCGUGUGAAGUGGAAUGAGGACAAUUUGUAUGAGAUUGAGUCAAACAAACCAGUGAGGCAGAAGAUAACAGAGCCAAAGACGCCUUAUCACCCUAUGAUAGAUGAUGACGGGUCCCUAUCGCCAACACGUGCUUUUGACAAAUGUCUCGAUGAGACUGUCCAGGCUGAAGCUAUAUUGAUGGCCUUAAAUGGUGUGGCUUCUUCAAGCAAUAGCAGUUCAAAGGAUGAUGGUUGGGCAUCCUCAGAUGAUGAGACAGAUGCUGUGGAACAAGAGGAUGACCCAGAAGCUGACACAUCAAGAUUGAGUUUCAAGGAGCAUCGCCGUGCACACUACGAUGAGUACCGCAAAGUUAAGGAACUGAUGCGCACUGGGUCCCUUGUUGAGGAUGAGGCCGAUGAGAAUAGCAGGGUUGAUAACAGCAGCGAAGGCAAGAGUGUGGGAAAAGGUGCAGCAGUCGAGGACAGGAAACCUUCGGAGGAAAUAUGAGAGUUGAGAUGGUCCUGUUUCGUCUGUUGUUCACUAAGAUAGGAAAGCCUAUCAUGGCGGCUGAAGCACACAGUUUGCCAAAGUAUGUUGCAGCAUGCUUGGCAUGUUUUAGAUCUGUGGUUUCAAGUCGGGUGGUUUUCUGUAAGCAAAGCAGUUACUCCAUUUUGUUUUGAGAUGCAGGUGUGCCUAAAAUGGCUUUGAUGACUGAAAAUUCUAUUUGAGUUGGCUGCUUGCUCGUGGUUUUCUGUAAGCAAAGCAGUUACUCCUCUUUUAAAUCAACGAAUAUCUUGUGGCAGGAGCGAAGAGCUUGAUGCUGAACUCAGUAAUGUGAUCAUAAUGAAUGAUUGUUUCUAUUA